GGCGGCGGCGGCACGAUGGUGGUGACAGGCUGCGCCCGAGGCGGCGGCGGGGACCGCGCGCCCUCCCGGCGGCGGGGCUGCGGACUCGCGCCGGCCGGGGCCGCGGCGCUGCUGGCCGGGGCGAGCUGCCUGUGCUACGGCCGCUCCCUGCGGGGCGAGUUCGUGCACGACGACGUGUGGGCGAUCGUGAACAACCCCGACGUGCGGCCCGGCGCCCCGCUGCACUGGGGCAUCUUCUCCAACGACUUCUGGGGCAAAGGCAUGGCCGAGAACACCAGCCACAAGUCCUACCGGCCGCUGUGCGUCCUCACCUUCAAGCUAAACAUAUUUCUGACGGGCAUGAACCCAUUCUACUUCCACGCAGUGAAUGUCAUCUUACACUGCCUCGUGACCCUCGUGCUGAUGUACACCUGUGACAAAACUGUCUUCAAGAAUCGUGGGCUCGCUUUUGUUACGGCGUUGCUUUUUGCUGUGCAUCCCAUUCACACCGAGGCAGUGGCUGGAAUUGUGGGCAGAGCUGACGUGCUAGCAUGCCUGCUGUUUCUGCUCGCCUUUCUCUCCUACAAUAGGAGUGUGGACCAGUGCUGUGCUGGGGAGCGCGUCCCUCCCACGGCUUCCCCCUUCUUCCUGCUGCUCAGUUUGUUUCUGGGGACUUGCGCGAUGCUGGUAAAAGAGACGGGCAUCACGGUGUUUGGAGUGUGCUUGGUUUACGAUCUCUUUUCCCUGUCCCACAAUCACGACAAAUCGAGCAAUGGGGUCCUCGGCGCGCGCAGCCCGCAGCCGCCCGGGAGCGCCCAGCCCGCGCACCCUCCCCGGGAGAACGGGAAGCCCCAGCGGCCCCCGCACAGAGGAGCCUGGGGCGGCUGCCACGCUCCAUCGCCCCCCGAACCCAAGAGCAGCGGAUUCCCGGUGUCGCCUCGAGCUGUGAGGUCCUUGAUGAGGUACUGGGCUGGGCUCGUUGACUCUGCGUGUUUCCACCAGCGAGCGUCCCCUGCUGCCCGGGGAAGGCUGCAGAGGUAUCUGACAGCAAGCAGCAAUAGAAAUUUCCUGCUUACUAUGAGGCCGUUCUUAAAAAGGGCCAUCUUGGUCAUAAGUUAUGUGGUGGUGGUUUUGUACUUCCGUCUGUGGAUCAUGGGAGGGUCUAUGCCCCUCUUUUCAGAGCAGGAUAAUCCGGCCUCAUUUUCGCCUUACAUUCUUACAAGAUUCCUUACCUAUUCCUACCUCUUGGCCUUCAACGUGUGGCUUCUGCUUGCACCUGUCACCCUGUGCUAUGACUGGCAGGUGGGCAGUAUUCCUCUGGUAGAGACCAUAUGGGACAUGCGGAACUUAGCCACCAUCCUUCUGGCCGUUGUCAUGGCCGUACUGAGCCUUCAUUGUUUAGCAGCCUUCAAGAGGCUGGAGCACAGGGAAGUUCUGGCCGGCUUGCUGUUCCUGGUUUUCCCGUUCAUCCCAGCCAGCAACCUCUUCUUCAGGGUGGGUUUCGUGGUGGCCGAGAGAGUCCUGUACAUGCCUAGCAUGGGCUACUGCAUCCUCGUCGUGCACGGACUGAGCAAACUCUGCACGUGGCUGAACCGGUGUGGGGCCACCGCCCUGAGUGUGUCCACCGUGCUGCUGCUGUUGCUUUUCUCUUGGAAAACCGUAAAACAGAAUGAAAUCUGGCUGUCGAGAGAGUCCCUAUUCAGGUCUGGAGUUCAAACUCUGCCCCACAAUGCCAAGGUCCACUACAACUACGCCAAUUUCCUGAAGGACCAGGGUCGGGACAGGGAAGCCAUCUACCACUACAGGACGGCCCUCAGGUUGUAUCCACGCCACGCAAGUGCCCUGAACAACCUUGGAACGCUGACCAGAGACACGGCAGAGGCAAAGAUGUACUAUCAGAGGGCUCUCCAGCUCAACCCGCAGCACAACCGGGCUCUCUUCAACCUCGGGAAUCUCCUUAAGUCUCAGGAGAAAAAGGAAGAGGCGAUCACCUUACUGAAGGAUUCCAUUAAAUAUGGUCCCGAGUUUGCAGAUGCGUAUUCAAGUUUAGCUUCAUUAUUGGCAGAGCAGGAGAGAUUUAAGGAAGCUGAGGAGAUAUACCAGGCUGGAAUAAAGAACUGUCCCGAUAGCUCAGACCUACACAACAACUAUGGGGUUUUCCUAGUUGACACGGGCGCCCCAGAGAAGGCAGUGGCCCAUUACCAACAGGCCAUCAGGCUGAGCCCCAGUCACCACGUGGCCAUGGUGAACCUGGGGAGACUCUGCAGGUCGCUGGGAGACAACAGUGAGGCUGAAGAAUGGUACAAACGUGCCCUGCAGGUGGCCCGCAGAGCUGAGAUACUGGCCCCUCUGGGGGCGCUGUAUUACAACACCGGCAGAUACGAAGAAGCUUUGCAGGUUUACCGGGAAGCCACAGCGCUCCAGCCUUCCCAGAGGGAACUCCGCCUGGCACUGGCUCAGGUUUUGGCUGUGAUGGGUCAGACAAAAGAAGCUGAAAAAAUGACCAAUCACAUCGUGUCAGAGGAGACGGGGUGCCUGGAAUGCUAUCGCCUGCUGUCAGCCAUCUACAGCAAACAGGAGCUGCACGAGAAGGCCCUUGAUGCUAUAGACAAGGCUCUCAAGCUGAAACCAAAGGACCCCAAAGUUAUAUCGGAACUUUUUUUCACAAAAGGAAACCAACUCAGAGAGCAGAACCUUCUUGACAAAGCUUUUGAGAGCUACAGAGCGGCCGUGGAACUCAACCCAGAUCAAGCCCAGGCCUGGAUGAACAUGGGUGGGAUUCAGCACAUCAAGGGAAACUAUGUGUCUGCAAGAGCUUAUUAUGAGACAGCCUUACAGCUGGUUCCAGACAGCAAACUGCUACAGGAGAACCUCGCCAAAUUGGAUCGGCUAGAAAAAAGGCUUCAAGAAGUUCGAGAAAAGGACCAAACGUAGCAGCAUUUGACACAGUCUCGAGGGACAGUGCCGGUGCCUUUGGAAGAGGAGGAAGGGACGGAAGCCUCGGCUUUCACAUCCUUGGGGGACAACCACUGAAGCGUGCCUCUCACUCGGAGCUCAGGGGGGCACGUCUGGGGACACCUGCUGGUAACCCUGCGCUGGGGACUUGCAUUUCCAUGAAAGACAAAAAGAGCGAGCCUGGGCUGGGCGGCCUGAGAGGGAAGGCUGGCAGACUGCACCUUUUACAGAUGUUUUUGUUUCCUUUAAUUCCAGAUUUCCUUUCAUACGUUUGCCUGCUUUUCCGACCCGGAAGUCUAAUUCUGUUGCUUAGCGUAGACAUUUCCGUCCCAGAAAUAGGGGCUUGAAAUGCUACAAAGUCAGAGCUUCUCUUCUUUAUGAGAUGAGCUCUUUCAAAGAGGAUGAAUCCUCUAGAAUAAACCAUUUGGGAAAUUGUACCAAGAGGGAGCUCAUUUAAUUCUCCAGAACCAAAAAUGAGUACCACGUAGUUUUUGUAAAAUCUUCUGGAAUAUAUGGGGGAAAAGGGCUAUUGCUAAGUGAGCUUUAUCUAAUAUCCUUCUGAGGACAUCACUAGAGCCCUAUUGAGAAGUAAAUUAACUUCCACCCUGAAAUGAGCUGUUUUCCCACUGCUUCAUAUAUCAAAAAGGAAGCUUCUGGAAUUGUAUAUGGGUCUUUUUAUUCCAAGGGGGCAAUCAAGGAUCUUGGUACCCCUAAUUCUUUAUGGAAAUGUUUUAAAUUAUUUUAAUUUUAUUACAAGUAUUACCAGAGUGGUGGUUCUGCUCUAAGAUUUCAUAAGUGCUUUUAAAAUCAUAAAUGUUUCCGCUUCCAAAUAUAUUGUUAUUUUGGUGGAGAAAAAAAUAGUAUAUUCUACGUGAGAAAUAUUAAAGAUAUUAAUUGAGAGAAAUGUUCUACUUUAUUAUCUUAACAUUCAGACGUCCUGAGAUGAUUAUUUUUUGAAAAUAUAUUUAACCAUUAAGGAAUCUUUAUAGUAUAUUACAGAAAUCUUCAUAGACUUUAAAUAGAUGGAAAGGAAGCUCUAUUGAUCUGUCUGUCUGGGCUUAAUGAGAAUUCUGUGCUUCGAACAUGAGUGACAGAACCCAGAAUUCUUGGUUCUGUAUCUGUAAUUUUGGAGAUUUCAUGGAGAAUGCUCAACAAAUCUAGGGGAAAAGUCUAAAUUCAUAAUUUUAAAAGAUACAUAUUUAUAUUUAAAAGAUAGGGUUGGCAAAGUUGAACUUACAAUUUGACAUUUGUCUUAGUGUUAUUUAUUUCCUAACUUAUAAAAUAUUUAAUAUAUACACACAUUUUUUUUCCGUCUGUACAUAGUGGUUUUUAAUAGCAGCAUUCACAACUGAUGACACAACAAUUUUAAAGCUAAAUCACAAAGUUCAGUUUUAACAGCCCCUCAAAAAACGUGGAUCGAUUAUUCACUUGCAAAACCUGAAGAAAUUAGGAACCAGCUUCAGUGUUGGGACGAGAAUAUAUUUUGGAAUCGAAGAAAUUGGAACACAUGAUCCUAAUUUGGUUUUCAUCAUAAACUUAAAAAAAAAAAACACAACCCACUGCGGGCAGUGCUGUUAAGUCAGUUGUCCUAUAAAUGUAGCCUAAAGCGUAUGUGACGCUCAGGCCAAAGCAAAAAACCUUCUGCUUCUUUUCAACCUCGGUAUCAGAAAGCACUGCCUCUCUCUUUAUUUUUUUGUCCAGGUAAAUCUAGAUAAAAGGAAGAAAACCUUCCUUGGACAUGGAUGAUGCCAGGAAUAUUUUAAAUGCAGAGGAUUACAGAAUUUGCAUUAGCCUACAUCAGUUUGUGAGCGUCAGUAAUCCAAUAAUGUAUAUCUUACCACUAUGAUCUGUUUCUAAUGGUCUUUUAAUGUAAUCUGUCAGAAAUUUAUCCAAAAUUUUAUUUAAAAUCUUUUUCUCCCCCUCCCAAAUGACACUUCUAUAGUCCUAAGGUCAAGAAAUGUACCGCAGUGUUUAUUAUAAAAUGACUAUCCCCCCCUUCCAGUAGGAAAAUGUGAAGCACUAGCUAAAAGCAGGAUCUAAGGACUUGAAUUACAAUUUUCUAGAAUAAUCUGUAAUGAAAACGCAUGCUUAGAAAGUUAAUGGGAAAGAUUGAGCCCCCGAUUUUGAAAACAAUGCCUUAAUUGAAGUGCUGCUAAAGCUGUAAGAGUACCUUUGUUGGAAUAAAUGCGAGAUGGCUGUUAACAGCCUAAAACUGUCUGAGAGAAGCGUCACAUGGCCUUCAGGAGACUUCUGCCUUCUUUUGGUGUUUCUCUGUCUCUCUCCCUCUGUCACUCUGUCUCAUUCUGUCUGCACACACUGGCAUCUCUUUGAACAUUAAAAGCGAGCACUGUUUGUUGGAUCAAUCAGAUAUUUUCGUCUGAGUUAAUACCCUCACUGAGAUGUGACCAAUGAAGUAGUUUUCCUAGUCGAAUGGUGCCUAUAAGAAAAUAAAUCACAUAUUAUUUUUCAAAGAUGUUAAGUGUAUUUUAUAACUGUUUUUAUUUGUUCUUGUAACAUGAAAUAUGGGGGAUUCAUCCUUAUCAAAACAAAAACGGAGUGCCCUGGCUAGCCACGGAGAUGCCGCCAGGUCCCCUUAACAAAAGCGCACUUGGCACAUGAGUCGGUGGCCCCUCCCUGCGAUGGGAUUGAGGGGCGAGCUUUCAUGCAGACUCUCAGAGUUCUGCACUCAGAAGCACCUUAUGUUUGAAUGUUCUGCUUGAAAUUCUUCAUAAUUUUUGAACAAGGGGUCCUGCGAUUCCAUUUUGCACUGGAUCCUGGAUAGGUGGGAAGGUGGCUGAGGACGAGACAGGCAUUGCUUCAGUCUGGCUGAACCCUUGAGCUGAUGAUCACUUUCAUUUGUGACUGUUACUCCGAGCAGCAUUUGCUAUGUUGUCUCAGCUACAUUUAGAGUUCCCUGCGCACGGAUAUUCCCCACCUACUGCUUGUCUGUCUAACCUGUCCUACUGUCCUGCCUAGAACCGGUUCUCCCUGCCUUCACAUUCACCAUAAGUGACAGUCCUCUCACCGUCCUUCGACCUAGGAGCCAUGAGAAUGGCUUCACAAGCUUAUUUCAACCUUAGGAAUUAUUCAGGAUUUUUUAAGUGAUUCAGAUGUUUUCAGUCUGUUAACAGUAUACAUGAAACAUGGUUCAGUGAUGUAGCAAAAGUGAACUAAACCAAAGAUUCAAAUACCCUGGAGGAAAAGAAAUUUUAUCUUAGGGGAUCUUGAGACCUAUUCUUUUGGGUCUGUUUAUUUUGAAGCCUGUCACAAAGCAAAGAGGAUUGCCAGUGCUUGGAUUCCAGCUCCGCACAGUUCCUCGCUGCCCCCAGCAGGAAGGGUCCGACGCGCUAACACGUGGUACCUCGUCGGAUGCUGGGUUUUGCAGCGGUUAUGCAAAUACUGCUGUGCAACUGCUUUUCAGCAAGAGUAAAUGGGAAAAUCCAAACCAUUCCAUUCCAAGUAACCUUAAAAACUGUCAUUGGAGGGGGGAUAAAAAGCAAAUGUGGGUUUCUUCUUGUCUCUGUGAAACCUUCCAGGCUCCUCAGAUUGAAGAGCCACGUUCAGCUACUAGCUGAGAUCUCUUCUCUCACACACAGGUUCUCUCUGCCCCUAGACGGGCUUUAGGAUAGCCUGCACACCUUUGAAAAUCCUCGGACCCGGCCACCCGGGUGAUGGUUCUAACAUGCAGCUAGGCUGGAGAACCACUGCAGGCUAAAACCUUUUAAGAAGAAUUUGUGACUUUUAUAAAAGUCAACAUGUAUGAUCUUUUGCAAUAUUAACUUUUAAAUGUAGACUAAAAUGAGCCAAAGAAUUCUAAAGAAUGACUCAUGGCACAGUUGUUGGUUGAGGCUGCCAUGCUAAGAUUGACAAACAGGUGGGUUGGGUGAGGUGGUUCUGCAUUUAUGGCAAUUGGACUGUAAUUUGACUUUAUAUUUAUAGAAUUCUUGGUUCUCAGAUAGGGAGGAAUUGCCUUGCCAUUUGCAUGGACCAGACGAGGUACCCAGUGUAUAAAACUAAUUUUUGUAACUCACAUAAAGGGUCCAUGACAUAGAGUUUAUGCCUACACCUGUGUGUCUCUUUCUUUGGGUCACACAUUUCAGCUUUGGUUAUUAUUCCUUAAUUGUACUUACUAGAACCAGUUAAAAAGCACUUUUGCUAAGACUUGUGAUGGAUUUGCAGCUUAGAGCAAUAAAUCUAUAGGAUAUUAGUAACACAGUCAAAGCAAAUGUAGUUAUGUUUUGUUUAUUUUAAUUUUUAUUCUGAUUUCCAGAUCAUGUUUACUUUGAUUAAAUUGUAUGUUAGUAUCUCUCAAUAGCAGCAAAACUUAAUCUAAAUGACAUCUUUUGACACCUUAAAAGAGGGGGAGGGUAUAGCUCAGCAUGCAUGAGGUCCUGGGUUCAAUCCCCAGCACCUCCUCCAAUAAAAAUAAACCUAAUUACCUCCCCCCACCCCACCAAAAUAAAACAAUACAAUAAUAUAAUAAUACAUAAAUAAAAUAUUUUUAAAAGAGUAAAUACCCAACGAAUCCUGUAUUCAGGUUGUAAUUAAGAUAAAAAAAUUAGAAUGCCAAAAAUAAUAUGGGGAAAUAUUAUAACUUUUUUAUUUUUCUCGAAGUUUUUGAUGUGGAGUAUGUUGAACAGUUCCUCCAAAAAUAGCACUUCCUUCCUUAUUUUUGUUUUUUAGUAGCCAUAUAAUUUAAAGAAAAGAAAACUUCAAUCAAAGAAAUAAAAUAACUUCAAUCAAAGCUGUGGUUAAUAGCAGUAAAAUCAAAUGUCACAACAGAAUCAACAUCUAUCAAUUGGCUCAUAUAAAAAUGUUCCACUUUUAUCACCAAAGGAUCCUUGCAAUUAAAACCUUCAGGGCAUGCAACAUGUAAAAUUAGCACCCACCACAAGAUCUGGUCAUUGUCAGUUUCUAAGUUUAGAUCAACAUUUAUACCCCAAACUGAAAAGAUGUGUGUAUGUCCAGAAAUCCGGGAGAUUUAUCCCAUUCUCGGUGGUGCACAUGCAUAUUUGUAUCCCCUUUGGAAGUUUCCAGUGUGCAUAAUGUCCUUUUGGGGUUGUCUUGCUGGCCCAUAGGAGGGGGCGAACCAGUCCAAGAAUCAGGAGAUCUGGGUUCUAGCCCUGUUCUGCCACGAGGAGCCGCCUCACUCCGGACAAGUUAUCAAAUGUCUCCAUCACGUUUAACCAUUAAAGGACUGGUUAGCUCUGCGGAGCUCCGUGAGUCUCCUGUGUCCAAACAGAAAGCCCUCUGCUUCUGAAGACAAAACUGAUAAGUGUUGCCCUUUGUUUUAGAACUCCUUAAGACAAAACACGUACACAAACAACCCUAAAAGUGACUGAGCUGCCCGAAUGCUUGACUAUGCCAGAGGUAACCACUUACUUUGCAGUCUGGACACAUAAAAUUAGUGAUUUCAUUACGCUUCUGGGGAAAAAAAAUUUUUUUUAACUUCCUCCUAAGGAAUUCAAAUAUCUGUAGAAGCCAUGGCUUGCUCUUAUAAUGUGGAGAUCCUUUGACUUGUUGUGACUCGCCCAGGCCUCCUUUUUUUCAGACGAAAUUCUUGCCUCGUGGUCUUUGUUCAUAACACUUUACUAUGAUCAAUUGUAUCUAAAUGUACGUUUUUGUUCCUUUUGCUGUGCCAGUUCGAACUCUUAUCUCCCAUAAAGUAUUUCUCCCAUUUCAGUCUGAUUAUGUACCCUUUGCCCAGGUCUUUCCAAAAUAAAAUUUAUGUAAAUGUCUAUUUUAUAUAAAAUAUGAUGAAAAUAA